AGAGAAAAAUUCGUCUCCGCGAUGAUGCGCCCGCGCGGCGAUUUUGGGGAUCUCGGAUGAUUCGUCAAAUCUCUGCGGUUAUUUCGUUGUUUUCGUCUUCAUUCUAGGUAUAAACCCUAGCUCCCCCAUCGAACGUAUUAUCGCAAGAUUUUCCCCCUUUUUCUUUUGUAGCGGCUCCCUCCCUCCGUCGAUCGAUCGCUUCCGAUUUGCGGAAGAUCGAUUUGCGAUCGCUCUCCCCAGCUGCAGUCUCUGCGAUUUCAGGUUUCGAUCGGUUGAUUAGGGUUAGGGUUUGGGGGCCGGCUCAUGGGGAGACGAGAUGGAAACGUAAGGUUGGAAUUUGAAAGGAAUUUGAGGCGAUCUUGGGGCCGGCGGUUACGUUAGGGUUAGGGUUGGGGUUUCCUGGUUGUGGAUCGCUGCGGUGGUUGGUCGGCCAUGGCGGAUUGGCGCAUGAAGGGCGUCAUCGUGGACGACGACGAGAGUGUGGAUGGGGAUGGCGAGGACGAGGAGCUGGACGAAUUGGAUCUAGGGCUUUCGCUCGGGUGGCGGGGAUCGAAGACGGGGUCGUCGUCACAAGGUGGUUCGAGGAUGCGACGCUCGCCUUUCGAGACGCGAGCGCCUUCUUCGUCUCUGGCGAGGGCAUCGCCCGUUAGACCUUUUGGAGAGGAGCUCGAGGAGCCGUCGAUUGGUCCCCUCUCGUGGGAAGUAGCUCUGAAUGAUGAGGCCUUUGGGGAAACAGAGAGGAAAAAUGGUGAGAAGGAUAGGGCUCAUGAUUCUCAGCACAAGCGUGCCAAGGUUCUCGAGUUUGGAGAACCGAGCCAAUAUUCUGCUGCAUCCUCUGGCGCGGAAGCAUCUUUUCUGCCAGUAUCUGGAGAAUGCGAAUGCCAAAGUUCGUUAGAUCUAUCUAAAUAUCAAAUAUCUCAUUACCUGAGUCUUUUUCAAAAUGAUGAUGGCGGUGGAAAAUCGAGUAUCUCAAAUGAUGACAGAGAUGCUGAUGGAGACAUCUCUGGUAGUAGAAAUGUGGAGGAUGUCGAGGUAAGGAUGGAUCUGUCAGAUGAUCUACUGCACCAGAUUUUCUCUUUUUUGGACCACAAGGAUUUAUGUAGAGCAGGUGCUACCUGCAAGCAAUGGCUGUCAGCUAGUAUGCAUGAGGAAUUCUGGAGGUGUUUAAACUUUGAGAACACAAGAAUAUCUGAAGAAAACUUUGUCACCACUUGCCAGCGGUACCCAAAUGCUACAGAAUUGAAUUUGUCAGGUGUUCUAAAUGCUGAUGUGCUUGUUAUGGAAGCAUUGACUUCUCUAAGGCAUCUUGAAACAUUAAUCUUGGGAAAAGGGCAGCUAAGUGAUGGAUUUUUUUUCGCAUUGGCUGAUUGUCCUGCUUUGACCACUUUGAGCAUUUGUGAUGCAUCACUUGGUAAUGGCCUACAUGAGGUAACUGUAUACCACGAGAGACUGCGUGAUCUACACAUUGUAAAAUGUCGUGUACUACGUAUUUCAGUCAGAUGCUCUCAGCUUUAUACACUGUCUCUGAAGCGCACCACCAUGGCAAACGUCACCCUUCAGUGUCCCAAGUUACAUGAAUUGGACUUCUCUUCUUGCCAUAAGCUUUCUGAAAGUGCAAUUCGACAAGCAGCCAUUGGAUGUCCUUUAUUGGCAUUAUUAGAUAUGUCAUCUUGCUCUUGUGUUAGCGACGACACAUUGCGUGAAAUAGCUUUGACAUGUCCUAAUCUUUCUGUUCUUGAUGCAUCAUAUUGUCCUAACAUUGCAUUUGAGUCUGUGACACUUCCAAUGUUGGUAGAUUUGAAACUCCAAAGUUGUGAGGGCAUAGGUUCUGCUUCAAUGCAUGCAAUAGCUAAUUGUCGUAUGCUCAAGGCGCUGCAGCUGGAUAAUUGCGGCCUGUUGACAUCUGUGUCACUAGAUUUGCCGCACCUUCGGAGUAUUAGUCUUGUACAUUUACGCAAAUUUGUCGAGUUGAAUUUGCGGAGUCCUGUGCUUUCCUAUGUUAAGGUCUCCAGAUGUUCAGCCCUCCACCGUAUUAGCAUUAUAUCGAAUGCACUUCAGAAAUUGGUGUUGCAAAAGCAAGAAAGUUUGGCUUCUUUGACAUUGCAAUGCCACAAUUUGAUAGAUGUGGACCUCAGUGAUUGUGAAUCUUUGACAAAUUCGAUUUGUAAAGUUUUUAGCGAUGGAGGUGGUUGCCCCAUGCUCAGAUCCUUGAUUCUCGACAAUUGUGAGAGCUUGACCAUGGUGGGGCUGAGCAGUAGUUCUUUGAUCAGCCUGUCACUUGCUGGUUGCCGUGCUAUGAAUCUCCUUGAACUGUCGUGCCCAAAUCUUCAAAGCGUAAAUCUAGAUGGCUGCGAUCAUCUGGAAAGAGCAGUAUUUUGUCCAGUUGGUCUUGAAUCACUUAAUCUGGGAAUUUGCCCAAAGUUGAGUGUUCUAGAGAUUGAGGCUCCGAAAAUGUUAAUAUUGGAGUUAAAAGGCUGUGGUGUGCUUUCUCAGGCUUCAAUUAAUUGCCCUUGCUUGAAAUCCCUGGAUGCCUCUUUUUGCAGGCAGUUCGUGGAUGAUUCGCUGUCUACAACGGUAGCUUUGUGCCCUAACAUUGAAUGUUUAAUCCUAUCUUCAUGCCUGUCCGUAGGGAUUGAUGGAUUGUCUUCUUUGCAUUGGCUUCGACAAUUGACUCUCCUUGAUCUAUCAUACACUUUUCUGACGAACUUACAACCAGUGGUUGAUACCUGUUCUCAGUUAAUGAUCUUAAAACUUUCGGCUUGCAAAUAUCUGACUGAUUCAUCUUUAGAAGCUCUUUACAAGAAAGGGGCACUUCCAGCACUCAUUGAUUUAGAUUUGUCAUAUUCAUCAAUUGGGCAGACUGCCAUAUCGGCUCUUCUUUCUUGCUGCACUAACUUAGUUCACGUGAACUUGAAUGGAUGCACAAAUCUUUGCCAACUGGUUUGGGGCUCAAGUAACCAUUCGUCCGAGAUGCUACUAGAUGCAUGUUCAUCCAAUUCAACAACUAUGGCAAGCAAAGUGGCUCUCAGGAAGUCAGACCAUUUACUUGAAGUUCUUAAUUGUACUGGUUGUCCAAAUGUGAAGAAAAUUCUAAUCCCUUCGACAGCGAAUUGUUUAUAUUUAUCUAAAUUGAACUUUAAUUUGUCCACAAGUUUAAAGGAAGUGGAUCUAACAUGUAUCAGUCUUUGCACACUAAAUUUGAGCUACUGUAGCUCCGUGGAGAUUUUGAGGCUUGAUUGUCCAAAAUUGACCAACCUUCAGCUCCUGGCGUGCAGCAUGCUGGCGGAAGAAGAAUUGGAAUCAGCAAUAUCUCACUGUCAUAUGCUGGAGAUCCUCAAUGUCCAUUCCUGCUCAAAGAUAAAUGCGGGUGAUUUCUGGAGAUUGCGGAUGGUGUGUCCGAGCCUGAAGCGCAUCCAGAGCGGCCUAGUGGGCUAAGGCGCAGGCAGUAAUUUAUAGCUAUUUUUAUCUCGUAAUAUUUAUCCCCCUAUUAAAUAUUUGAAACCGGGUCCGUUUUUCCUGUAGCACGAACGACUUAACAAAGUCCUAUCGUUUCCCCUGUAUAUACCCCAUUAAAAUGGCCUCUGAGGUGUUGCUAGUGUUGUGCAUCUUGCUUGGUAGAGCGUACGUGCGCCCGUGUAACAAAUAUGCGCGCCCUUGUAACAAAUAUGCGGUGGAAUCAGCGGGCGUGGUUUGUGUUUUUAAAUUUGUUGCUGAAUCUAAAUUUAUGUUAUUGUAUUAGUGGUUUGCAAAAUAUUCAAUUUUAGAUAA